UAAGAACCGCGCUUCGACGGUUCGACCAAUCGCGUUCGCGCCUCGGGGAGGCGCGGGUUGUUUUCGGAAAAUCGCCCGCGCUCAAAAUUCGCCGGAAUCGCGCGUCCGGCGCCAGUUUUGAUUUUGGAACCGACUUUGCCACUCGCGCAGACCGGGAUUUUCGAAGUUAGUCAACUCUGAGCACGGGUUCUCACUCGUUGUUGGGGUCUGAUUUUCAGUAUCGAGUUUGAUAGUUGCGGAUUUUUGUGUUUAAUACAAAUACUGCAAAUUUUCCACUCAUAUAAAUUUCAUCGAAAAAUUUUCGUUUAUAUUACUUCUGCGUGUAAACCUGGUGAUUUUUUACUCAAUUUCACGGUCCUCAAAAGUUCGCCAAGAAUUUUUCUUGCGGGGUGAAGUUCUCUGUUUCGAAAGCUGGAGCAGCUUGUUUGAUUUCAUUUUGGAUUUUCCUGCAAUUUUUUCCGCCUCCGUUCUUGAGGUUUGAAGUUGUGCUGAAGUUCCGAUUUUGAAUGUAAUCAUGGAGAGAGUGCUCUUGAUAACUUUAGUUUUGGGCCUUGCUUUUGGGUACACGAAAACUCAAGGAGAAGUGCCCAAUCCGGACCCGAUCACAUUUAUGCCAACCGACAAAGUUAUAGAUUACUGGGGCUACAAAGGAGAGACUCACUAUGUCACGACAGAGGACGGUUACAUUUUGGGAAUGCACAGGAUAGCAAAUAACCCGAAUUCAAAGUAUCCUCCAGUUUUUCUUCAAGGUGGUCUCCUCACUGCUUCCGAUUUGUGGGUUCUCCGCGGUCCUGAAGAAGAUAUGGCAUUCAUGUUGGCUGAUUUGGGCUAUGACGUGUGGAUGGGCAACGCAAGAGGCAGUACCUACUCGAAAAACCAUACAACUCUGUCCCCGAAAUCGACUAAAUUUUGGCAAUUUAGUUGGCACGAGAUGGGGUACUACGAUCUUCCGGCGGAGAUCGACUACAUCCUUGAGAAGACGAAGAAGCCGGCUCUGUUCUACGUGGGCCACUCCAUGGGCACGACUCAGUUCUACGUGAUGGCGUCCGCCCGCCCGGAAUACAACGACAAGAUCGUCGUCCACUUCAGCCUGGCCCCCGUCUGUUUCAUGGGCAACAUGAAAUCCAACAGAGUCAUCAUGCCUCUCGCCAAAAAUGUCAAACUCAUCUCGUCAUUGUCCAAAGGCACAGGAUUGGUUGAAUUCUUCCCGCGAACUCCGGAAUUCAGUAAUUUCCUUUGGAAAGUAACCCAUGAUAAAAAUUUCCAAACAUUUUUCUGGAGUCAGCUGUUUGAAGUUGUCGGCACAGACUGGAAACUCCUAAAUAUGACUAUUAUGCCAACUUAUCUGAGUCACUUGCCUAGCGGUUGUUCCGUUCAAACGUUGGAGGCAUAUGGUCAAACAGUGUUACUAAAAGAUAAGUUCAACAGAUUCGACUAUGGACCAAAAGAGAACAUGCAACGGUACGGAUCAGCGACUCCUCCUCCGUACAACUUGACCGGUAUCACGGCUAGAAUGGCUUUGGUCUAUUCUUACAACGAUUAUUUCUCCCAUGUUAAAGAUGUUAAAAAGCUGGCAUCGCUUCUUCCGAACGUGGUUAAAAUGAUGCCUAUCCGUUACAAGAAGUACAACCACGUCGACUACAUCUGGGGCAUGGAACCUAAAAAACAUUACGUCAACCAAGUCAUCGAUACGAUCAAAGAGUACACAAAACCCAGAUAUUCUGGAAUUUCCACGAAGAAGAAGUCCGAGUUUGGCUUGAAAGUUCCUAAAUGAUUCCCAGAAGGCUCCUUAUGGAGACUUUUGAAAAAUGGUUCUGCCUCGAGGCAGUGGCGUGGCGGGCUAUGCGAUAUAUCGAGUUAUUUGCCUUUUAAACCUAUGGUUAAGAAUCGACAAACAAGAUGUUCGUAACGAACACCUUAAUAAUCAAUUCUUUACCAUAACUUCAAAUGGGAAAAUAUCGAUAAUCGAUCAUUCACGCCUCGCGCCACUGCUUGAGAGCGGUGUCGUACGAGUGGGAAUGGAAGGGAAAUGAUACUUUCCGAUCUUCCCUGAAGUUUGAAAACACGAUUUCUUUCUCUCCGGAAAAUAAUAUCCAAAAUUUGUGAAGAUCUUUCUAAAAGUGUUUUGGAGAUCUCUCUCAAGCUGUAAUGAUUUUCGGGAAUACCGAGAUCAAGUGUUUUGUGGGAAGAUUUUGCAAGGCGUCAGGGAAAAUGCUUCUUUUUCCUCUUCAGAAAAUACAAGAUCAUUUUAAAAUGAUAGGAGAAAAUGGAUAUUGAAAGAGUCAGGACAAAGGAAGAAGAAAAUUUUGUUUAUUAGCAUAAUUUUCGGAGAUAAAAAUAAAGUUUUUAAAGGGUCCAGAAGACAUAUCGUGAGUUUCUCCCUGCAGAGGCCGUCUUACUCUUUCGUUCGUUUGGGAAACCGGGAGAGUCUGUAGGCAUGUUGCACAUGUGCCUUUGCAUACAGCGGACAGGUUUGAGAAAAUGGUAUUAUGCUUGCAAUUGAUGAGUUAGGAGUUGAUGAAUAAGGUUGAUACUCGAAGUAUCGAGUACUUAUUAAUUGGGAAAAAUUUAGGGAUCAAAUGUGUGUCAAUCCAUGAAUUUGACCUGAGUUUUGCGAAACAAAUUAGUCCUUUAAAUCUAUCAAACCGUGCGAUUGAAGUACACGUAAGGUUUGAUUACACUCAUAUAUUCGUACUUUUUAAUAAACUCGUCGCACAUAUCUAAAACUUUCGAAUGUAUUACAUCACCACGAUUCAGUAAACUAACCAUCCAACUAUCUCCGGUGAUGGUUAUUUUAUUGAGACUGGAGGUUUCACAAAUAUUUUGACAUUCGAUGAGUAUAUUCUACCUCAUUAUACUUCAGCUCUUCAGAUCCGAGUGUGACCUGUAGCAUUAAGCCAAACUAUUAUUUAUUGAUCUUUUAAUUUUUAAGAUGGGCCUUUUUCCUUCGGUGAAUAUUGAUCUCAAAAAUAAAUUUCGACUCUAGAGGAGGCUCCAAUUGAGUUCGAGUUCGGAGAAAAUUAAGCGGUGAUUGAUGUAAUUAGUGCAAGCAAAUAAGCCGCAGUUCUUGUUCCUUACAUUAUUCAUAUUUUUGUUUGUUUUAAAUUGUUUUCUUGUUACCAAAUCAUAGAGGGAAACUCUCAAUUUGUAGCCGCACCAAGCACAAAGAAUGCUUAAUUUGGAAACUACCCGAGCAUUGCGAUGGUGAAACUGCAGAAAUGCGUAAUUGGUUUGCGGCGUUUCAUUCUUGUCGUUCUUCAUUUUCUGCAUGGAAAACUACUUAACUUCAUUUCUUGAAAGCUUUGGUGAUUCUUCUUCUUAAUUUGAGGAACAUUCUGUGCAAAUUUCAAGCCGUAAUGAUGUUUUAGUGUCCCUUUGAGAAAUAAAGUAGUAGCGGAGAUUUUGAAACACCACAAGCGAGAUAAGCAUUUUUGCAGUUUCACCGUCAAUUUAAGUUAUCACUCUAAGAAAUAAAAUAAUUUCUGGUAAAAAAUGGUUUCAAGGCCAAAGAAACGAUAAAAUGCACAUGUUAGGUUAACAUAAUUUAUUCACUUAUUUGUAAAAUAUUGUCCGCACUUUUCUUAUUAUGAACUGUAUGUAUUGUAAACAGUAGUUUUUUAAAUCUUAUCUGGAAUAAAUUUCAGAUGACCAAAAAGAA